AUGUUCUGCGUGACGGGGUCGACCUACGCCGUCGGCGGUGGCGGUGCCGAGGGGGGCAGGCGGGAUGCCCCUGGGCCGAAGGUCUUCACGUGGCGCACGAAUUUGACCAAGGGGGAGGAGACGAUCGUGAUCGAGCCGUCGGAGGUGGUGGGCGAGGCGGAGGAGCGGGGCGUGGGCGCGCCGGAGUUCGUCUGCGCGGUGGUGGCCCUCGGGGGGCCGAAGUUUAACACCGAAUUCGAGGUGGACCUGGGGUACGAGUACGACACGGCGAUGCUGGUGGGCGAGGAGCGGGAGCUGAUGCGGGAGGUGUACCUGGCGUGCUGCGGCGGGCCGGAGGACUGCGAGAAGUGGCCGCACCAGGUGUCGCACUUCCCGUCCCAGGCGUUCGACGACGAUGACGGGGAGGGGGCCGGACGGGGGGACGUGGAGCUGGACGGGGUGAUACUUGACUUCUGCCACGUCCGCGGCUGCGAGUGCAACUCGGAGGGGCGGCUCAAGGUGCUGGACCUGGACUACUACGGCCUCAAGUGCCCGUUCCCGCACCAGUUCGGCCUCCUGGAGGGCCUGUCGGACCUCCACCUGACGGGCAACAUCCUCGAGGGCGAUCUGCAGGAGGCGCUGGCCACCCUGGUGCCCCUGCGCCGCCUGCGCAACCUUUCCCUCAAGCGCAACAGCAUGCAGGGCAGCAUGGACGGCGAGGACGACCCUGAGCAGGAGGCCAACGCCUUCUGCAGGCUGGCCUCCAAGCUGGACUCGCUGAGCUUGGAGGGCAACGUGAUCGGCGGCACCCUGCCCCCCUGCGCUCUGGACGGAUCGCUCACACACCUCGUGGUGUCCAACAACCUAAUCACCGGCAGCCUGCCACCGGUCAGUCGCACGGACAGCCCACUAGCGCUGUUCGGGGCCAGCGACAACGGCCUCACGGGGACCAUUCCUGAGUCCUUUGGAAGCUUGAGCAUGCUGAGGCACCUGGAGCUGUCCAACAACGAGAUCACCGGCAGCCUGCCGCCCUCCCUGGUCGCCCUGCCCAGGCUGCGCUUCCUGCUGCUGGCAAGCAACGUGCUGGGCGGGGGCAUCCCGGAUGGGAUAGCGGAGUCAGGCAGCCUGCAGAAGAUCUGGCUGAACGACAACCAGUUCGGCGCCCUGCCCGACCGCUGGCUGCACAGCCAGGGGUCGGGGGCGCUCUCGGUCCUGGACAUAUCCGAGAACGCGAUUGCAGGCACAUUCCCCCUGGGGCUGAGCCGAAGUCCCAAUUUGACAACGGUGCAGAUCAACAACAACGCCCUGUUCGGGUCUCUGCCACCUGUGGAGGGGCUGUUUCCCAAAACCACCAGAAUCGAGUUCAAAGGCAACCAGUUUUCAGGCUCCAUUCCUGACGAGUGGGGCACCCUGGGCUUGUUCCAAGCGGGCUCAGCACAAGACGUGCUGCCUCCCGUCCCUGUCCUCGAUCUAUCAGACAACGAGCUCACCGGCUCGAUACCGGCAUUCCUGGAUCCCCAGGCCCCCCACUUCCCGAGCCGGCUGCGGGUGUACCUGGCAGGGAACAAUCUGAACUGUGGAGACAAGGAGCGAAUACAAGGGGACAAGGUGUUUGGGGUCGAAUGUGCAGAAGUAGCGCUGUUGGGCAGCAGCGGCGGCAGCGGCGACAACAGCAACGACAGGACGGCGCACAUCGCGGCCGCCGUCGGCCUCCCGGUCCUUGCGGCCGUUGCGAUUUUCCUCAUGUUCUUUGUGCGGAGGUCGACUGAGCCCCCUCCAGCGCCAGAGAUGACCGAGAUGCCUGCCGUCAACGAGCAUGUCAAGGAAUGGGGUGUGCCUGGCAGCGCUGGGAAGGUGUCUGCGAGAGCGACCGAGAGGAUGGAGCACUGGAACUCUGGGUAUUCGGGAUAUUCGGCGCAUUCUGGCCCCUCAGGGCCGCCUCGGCCUCCAGGGCGCUCUCGGCGACCGCCCACCGUGUAUGUGGACUCGGGCUACUCGGGACACAUGGAUUCGGGAUACACGGGGCAUUUGGACUCUGGGUACUCAGGCCACUCAGGCCACUCCGGGCUUAUGGACUCUGGGUACUCCCGGCGCUCGCGCUGA